AACACGUCCUGUCAUAUGGCAGAAAGCAAAGCCUGCCCCCUCUCUUAGUUUGAUCCCUCCCGCGCCAAACAGGAGCCGGGUCUGGAUCACGAUGGCACCUCAAAACUUCCCAAAAACUCUCUCAGUUCUCUCAGAGCUGAUGACCUGUUGACAUCUUAAGCUGUUGCCACUGCUGGGACCAUCAAAUGCAUCACAUCCUGCACACUGGAAGAUUUCUACUAGGAAACUCCUACCAGACAACCUGGCGCAAGUGUUGCUCGAGUGUUGCCAAGAUGAUGCAGGCGGUGUGUGUUGACAAACCAGGAGGACCAGAGAAUUUGCUGCUGCGGACCAUCCCCAGACCUCGACCUAAAGACGGAGAAGUCCUGAUUAAAGUUCACGCCACUGCCCUCAACAGAGCAGAUUUAUUACAGAGGCGAGGACUGUACCCACCUCCCCCAGGUGAGAGUGACAUCAUCGGCCUGGAGGUGGCUGGGACUGUGGAUACUCUGGGCCCAGGGGUGAAAAGAGGCUGGAGGCCGGACGACAGGGUGAUGGCUUUGCUCUGUGGAGGAGGAUACGCAGAAUAUGUCGCCGUGCCUGAGGAGCUUCUCAUGCCCGUCCCCCGUCAUCUCACACUCAGCCAGGCUGCGGCCAUCCCAGAGGCCUGGCUCACUGCUUUUCAGCUGCUGGCUCUCGUAGCUCAGGUGAAGGAGGGUGAGGUGGUGCUGGCUCAUGCUGGAGCCAGCGGAGUAGGAACAGCUGCUGUUCAGCUGGUCCGUCUGUUUGGUGCCGUGCCCGUCGUUACCGCGGGGAGCCCAGAGAAGCUGAAGAUGGCCGAGGAACUGGGAGCAGCAGCUGGGUUCAACUACAAAGAGGAAAACUUUGCGCAGGCAGUUCACGACUUCACAGGAGGAAGGGGAGCAGACGUCAUACUCGACUGCAUUGGUGGGUGUAACUGGGAGCAAAAUGUGAGCUGCUUGGCCACCGAUGGCAGGUGGGUGCUGUACGGCACCAUGGGUGGCCGGGUGGUGGAGGGAGAUCUUCUGGGUAAACUGCUCUCCAAGAGAGGACACUUGCUCAGCAGCCUCCUCCGCUCUCGCAGUCUUCAGUACAAAGCAGACCUGGUCAGAGCUUUUUCACACCGAGUGUUACCGCACUUCUCAGACCAGGCUGUCUCCCUGAGGCCGGUGAUCGACAGUACGUUCAACCUGGAGGACAUCGCAGAGGCUCACAGGCACAUGGAGGCCAACAAGAACAUGGGGAAGAUUAUCAUUAAUGUGACUCCACAGAAACAAGAAACUCAGUGCUGAACAGCUGCAGCAAUAUUAACAGAAAUAUAACAUCUCUGUAGAAAUGUACAUUUGAUUUAUGUGAAGGAAUCACACAACACAGUGUUACUUGAUUUGUCUCACACAAAUGUUGAUCAACUGAAGUGUUAUAAUAGUGAUAAGUGAUUGAGGAUUACCCAAUUCUAAAUGUUUAUAUCAGUGUUGUGUUCAAGCUACAGUUAUUGUUUAAUAAUUUUUCUAUUUUUUAAGUUCACAAAAUGAAAAAUAAUAGUGCAUUUAUAGUAGAGGAAAGGCACAUUUUUAAUGUCUGUUUGCUGUAGUAGUUGUAUUUGCGUCUUUUCACUUCAAAAAUAAAUAGAAAAUGUGUAA